AUGUCAGAUAAAAUCCAAGAAGAGCCUACUCUAAGAAAAUCUCAAUCAGGCCUUCUGAGACAGUCACUCACAACUCUCAAAUCGACCCGGUCCGUCAAAUCCUUACCAACCGUUAUGAAAGAAUGCCCACUUUCAGAUCCAAGCAUAGGAGUUAUUUCUGAAAAUGAUCACAGAGUAGGAUUGUGCCUUUGCCCUCUCUGUACAUGUGGAAAACAUAAAUGCCCAGGCCCUAUUUCAAUCGAGCCCUAUCCUAAGUCAAUGUUCAAUACUCAAUAUACAGACAAUUUCCAUAAGCACAAACCAGCAAGGCCAGCUCCAUUCAAAUCCAUUAACAACUUUUAUUCAAAUCAGCUUAUAGAUUUUGAGACCACAAGUGAGCAAUUCUUUAAGCCUAUCGUAACCCAGCCAGUUUUAUCAUUGCCAGCAUAUAGGCCAAACCCACCACCUCAAAUGGGACUAUCAGGACUGACUUCUUACUCUUCAAACUUCCCCUCAUGGGGAACAGGUGGCGUUUAUUAUGUAAAACAAGCACAUAUUCGUCAUACAAAUGACAGCUUGCCUCUAGCAAAUAAAACCUCUUAUACUGAAGGUUUCAGAGCCCUAGAUGAAGAAGAGCUAAAAAUGGCCAAAAAAGCAAACCAAGACCUGUCAGCUUUUAGAGCUAGUGUGGGGAUGAAGUGUGGAAGCAUGCAGGCUGUGAAGGAAAGCGUUACGAAAAGAGAUUUUGUAGACUGGAGUAAAAAGAAUUUGAUGGAAAGAGCCCCGAGGCCUGUUGAUAAUAUUUUGAAGCAGCAUAUCACAGGUGAUCAUUUUGUGACUAGUGCUAGGAAUGACUUUAAACAAUAUGAUUCGUCAAUUGACCAUAGAAAUCUAAGAAAGAGACUGGAGAGAGAAGGAAUAAUAACCCAGGAAUUCAGAUAA